AUGCGUGGAUUAUUGUCUAAUAUAGUCCGAGUAUCAAAGCAGCGGACUGAUGCUGAGAAGUGUAGAAAUCGGACUUGUAUCACAUCUGAUAUUCGGAAACAAAUUGAAGAAAUGAAUCAGAAGGCGAAAGAGGAAUGGGAAAGGAAACAUGGUGGAGAAGAAAAGCUUAAGAAUGAGGAAAAUGAUACUUCAAAAGAAGAUGCACGUUCAGAACAAGUGAAGGCAAAAACGGGGGAAGUAGCUAAAAAGAGAGCUGAGGCUGCAAAUGCUGCUGCUCGUGCAGCCGCUGGAGGAGAUGAUACGUUUUUAAAAUGGAAAUUCAUGGCCGAAGCACGGCAGAGACCUUCUUCAGGGACAGUACGAAACUCCAAGAAAUCUUAUCCUGAAACUGGUGGUACAAGAUUUGGGAAGAAACAGGGUUCACCAAAAGUGGUUCGAUCAAUCUCUGUGAAGGAUGUGAUUGCUGUUGUGGAAAAAGAGCCUCAGAUGUCCAGGUCGACGCUACUGUAUCGCUUAUACAAUACAAUCUUCUCGGAUGUUGCACACCAAGAGAAGACAUAG